AUGUGGCUGGUCGGUGUGGGCCUGGUUCUGGCUGGGCUUCUGGUGGGCACCGGUGGAAUGCAUUUGAUCCGCGCUUCGGAGCUCAAGACCCAGUCCGGACACAUUUCGCAAGGAAGGACAUGCUAUGCGGUCGGCAUUCUCCUCAAUGUUGUCGUCGGACCGAUCCUUGACAUGUCCGGCUAUGCCUUUGCCCCAGCUUCUGUGGUCGCGCCCUUUACAGGCUUUAACGUCAUCAUCAAUGCCUUGGUGGCACCUCUGACGCUCGGCGAACAGCUGACCCCGUGUCGCUGCAAAGGCAUCAUCGCAGUCUUUGUGACAGCAACUCUGUCUGUGCUGUUCAAGGGGACACCGACCCCGGAAUGGUCGGUCGAAGAUGCUCAGAAUCUUCUCACACAGUGGCACAUUUACCUUUACAUCGUGGUCUUCGCGCUGUGGCUACUCGGAAAUCUGCGAGUGCUUGCAUUCGCUGCCCAUGGCUCUGUGCUCCGGGGCUUCUGCCUCGGAGCGAUUUCUGGAUCGCUUGCAGGCAAUAUGUGGUGCACCCGUCUUCUUGCAGUCUUCCUCAAAGAGUGUUUUGAGGGCAACUGCAGAACCACUUGGAGCACUUCUCUCCCGUACACCAUGGCUGCUGGCGCAGUCUUCUUCGCGAUUACGAACGUUCCAUUCAUGACUCGGGGCAUGCGCCAGUACGAGGCGCUGUUCAUGAUCACAGUCUUCCAAGGAGCGAGCAUACUGUCGAACAGUUUGUCCGCGGUGAUCGUGCUAGAGGAAAUGGAUGGGGAGCCCUUGUGGAAGGUUACAGGGUACUUCUUAUGCGUCGGGGGCAUGAUCCUAGGGCUCUUGGUGCUGAUGCUUGGCGAGGAAGACUCAAGUAAGCCUUCCCACAGCCAGUUGGAGCCCAUGCCCGUUGAAGAUGUCCUCGAGGAUACCAGCUUUUCCAACAGCAACAGCGACUCUGCACCUCGCACGUUCAUGGAAUUCCUGCAUGCAGGGGCAAAGUCCCUUUUCCAACAGGUAGCGUCCUGCCGGCAAAGCUCCGAGGACGGUUCGAUGCAUGAAACUGUUCAAAGCGUGAGUAGUCUUCAUGCUGUCGCACCCGAAAUGCCGUACGACGGCAUCUGCCUGAUGGUAUGA